AUGUUCGGAGGAAGCGUGAACCGAGUGAAGGACCUCAAGAAGGUCGGCGAUCUCACCACCUUCACCUGGCAAGUCGGAAGGUUCAGAAAUGUUGUCGUGAUUGUUUCGACAUCAUGCAAUAACAAGCGAUCAAGACUCCCCGAUCCAUCACGUAGAGACACCGCAGCCUUUGCAACUAUCAAGGUGUCAUAUGCUCCAGACUACGGAGAUCGAAAGAGGAAGUCAACGAAAGGAGAAGUGCGGUCUUCAUCGACCAGUGAAUCUGCGAGCGAGGUUUCUUCAAAAGCGUCUUUGGGAAAGUCUCAAGCCUCAAGAUAUGAGACCGAUAUUCAAGACGGAACCUUUACAAUGCAUCACUUCAUCUUCAAGGUGGAGAUCUUUGCUAUCACGGGGGUUGAGCUCGAACCUCCGGAAACGGAUUAUGAGAUCACCUUGCAAGGACGACAACGAACCCGAUGGAUGAUCAAAGAUCUUGAAGGAAUCCAUUCAAAAAUUUGGCCUAAUCAAAAAAUCUCUUCUUCUGAGUUCGAAACCGACGGUUCAUGGUAUCUGGACCUGUAUCCUAAGGGAUACAGGUUGGACGAGGACAAGAGUGAAUACCUGUCGAUCUACUUGCAUUCUUCGCGCAAACAAGCGGAAAUCGGAGAUACAAGGAAGCAUUCAUUCCGUUUCGGUAUUUUUAAAGUGAAUCGACUUGACAAGUCUGUAUACCGGAUGCUGGAAGAAGAUGAAGAAGAAGAUGUUUACUUUCCUCCUGGCUCUUCUUGUGUGGCAACUUUCAACGCAGACCGGAGAUGUUUUGGAAAGCAAUGCUUCAUUCCUCUUUCUCACAUAGUCAACGGAAGGCUGGAUAAGUCGCAGCUUAAGGCGCUGAAAGUCAAUCCUGACAUGGCAGCCCAGGAGUUGAUAGCUGGAAGGUAUGAUGCAGGAGGGAGCAUCACUCUGAUCCUCGACAUGUCUGUAACGGACGAUGAGAACUGGAUGGUUCAACACAUGUUACAUCUCAUCGAUGCAUUUGACAACCCGUAUAUGUCAAAGUGCAGUGAAACAGGAACAAGAUUCGACAGGUCUGCCAUCUUUGGGGGAGCCAAAGGACUGCCGUCCCCUUGCCAUGUCUGUGGGAAACUUUUUGUCUCGAGUACCCUUUUUGCCGGAGAAGUGACAAGAUUCCCUGACUGGGGUUUUGAGGUUGGAAGAGACUUCAUUGUCGAUAUACUAGUAAGGGAAGAAGAGAAUGCACUGCAGAAUGUCUUGAAGGAGUUGGACUUCCAGCGGCAGCUUCACAGCGCAAAGAUGCACGUGGCAAACAGACUGACAAACAUCAGGAAACGAAUGUACAAGACAGACCAGGAGAAGAAAGUGAAGAAACACAACAAUUCAGAUGAAGAGGACGAGGAGUUGCCGGACAAAGAGACCGCGACAGGGCAGCUCCUCAAGAGGAUAGAGAAAGAACUUGCUGAACAGAAGAAGUUUGAGAGGAAUCUGCAGAACCUGAAACAAGAGAUUGAGAAUGCUCAUUUCAGCAAAACCGUGUGCAGCAAGUGUCUUGAAUUUGCAAAAGAAUAUCAGGCAGCGCGGAGAAUAUAUGCAGCGGAGGACGGGAACACCCCGACAAUCAUGUCCAAGGAUCCUUUCGAGCAGGAUCCCAACAGAUUUCGGUGGCACUGGAAGGUCAUUCGCGAUUACGUCGAGCAGGAGUACACAGGAGUUCUCUCGGCCAUGCAGUCCAACAUCGACGUCUCCGAUGCCAAGCUGGUCGGCGAGUCGCUCAAGCACGGGAGGAACAAGGGCUACAUGUCCGACCAGAUCCCUGUCACAGCGCAGGGGGAAACAUGCUGGCGAACUGAAGGCGUGGGGAAGAAUGCGAUGACUCUCGUGCGGGGAUGGUGGUACGGGGAGCCGACAGAGAUCGCAAGGCAAUGCUGCGGACGGAUCAAUCUACAUGACCCAGACCUUAACGAUGAUCCUGAGACUCCAAGAGACGGGUUCUGCGAUGUCAGGUUUGACCGCCGACAAGGAAAUUCGAAACCUGAGAUGAUUCACUGCCGUCUCACGGGAAAAGUGUUUUGCACGAAAUGUACAAACUACAAGAUUCCACUUCCCGAGUAUGAGAGAUCUCCCGACAAAUGUAAAACCCUGGCCAAGGUUUGUAUCGAAGCGUAUGAGAGGCGGCAAGCAACGGUUGUUCGAAUACAGGACGUGUCUGAAAAGCCGCCGGAAGAGACGGUUGAGAAGAAAGUGAAAGGAAUCCAGCAAACUACCGUGGAGGAAGAGGACGAUGACAGUGAACCACCCUACGUGGCUUUACUAAGAAAAAUACCCUUUUGCGGCGAAAACCUUGCGGACAAGAUUACAGAUGAAUAGAAGGAUGAAAACAAGGAUGAAAGGAUUAUUUGUUG